UUCCUCUUGAGAAAAAUUCCUGUGUGAUCUCUCUGGAUUUUUCAUCGCGUAAUCUCACUCUGUAGCUUUCCCGCGAGAUCUCGCCUACUUUUCCUGGUUUUUUCUCGCCAGUUGUUUUUAGAGCUUCAAUCGAUGUUCUCAAAACUUUUCCAAACUAUGGGGCUUCUUUAGACCAAACAUUUUAAUGAAUUUUGGUGAAAGACGCAAAUCAAAAAGUUGUAUCGUUGUUGAGAUAUUGAAAUUUUACUUAAUAUGGUCUUAUGUGCGAGUUCUGCCUGGGGACCACUCAUAGAUUCCCUUUUGAUGUCGUGGCUUGCGUGCAAUGGCUCUUAUGUAAAAUGGAAAAAAAAUACUAAUUAUUUAAACCUUAUAUGUUUAUCAAUAUGUGUGGUAAGUCAAAACUUAGUGUUUUAUAGACAAGUCGACACGCUAUACAAUCAGGACAGAUCAGAAAUUUUUUUUGGCGAAAAAAGGUUUUUAGCUUGGAAUACCGGUAUUUCAGAAAUGGGUCGAAGGCCUAAGGGCAGCUCUAAUGAGCAUAUUCGGAAUCAGCAUGCUCGAUAACCCAGUGUCCGGGAGUACAGCGAGACCCUCACUUUGACUCAUAAACUGGAAAGGAUACAUGACAGUUUUCGAGGCUAAUAAGUCAAAAAUUCACCUAUUUUGUUAGGGAACAUUUUAUGCAUUAAGCAUUAUUUCGUUUCAUAUCUAACCACAAUGAAGAUCAUAGAGUUUUUCGGUAUGAUCAUUUGUGGUCAUAUCGAUGGUUCACUGAAGAUAUCGCUGCAUAAACUGAUAUUGGCAGCAAUUCUGAUGCUGGUGACAUUAAUGUGAUGCUGUCAUAAUUUUAUGUAUCUGCAGCACAACCUUUCACAUCUAUUUCAAAAUUGCUCCUUGUUUUGUUCUGUUGUUAUUGGCCAUGUCUAUACCACAGGAGUUAAGAAGUUUGAUUGAUGUUACUACUUCGCAACUUCAAUCAAAUUCCUUAACUCAGACUUAAAAAGUAAAUUGAUUAAACAACCAUCAAUCAUUGACAAUCUUAUUGUCAACAAUCAGAACUAUUUGAAUUGACUAAUUAUUUACAAGGGUGUCAAACAGAAUUAAAACAAAAAAUACCACAAAAACUAUUUACAAUAAAUUCUGCUGAUAAAAAACUAUUCGAUUUAUUAUACACAAAUAAUUAUAUCCUAUUAAAGGAAUUAGAUUAUCAUGGAACAGUUUUUGCAACAAUAUCAUCAUCAAAAGCAGAACAAACAACAAAUUCAGGCAUUGUUUCGUUCAAAACAAGACGUUUACCUAUGGAAUAA